UCGGCUGUUGUAUCUGAACCACCAUAGGCCGCAUUCCUGAGAGCUCUUUGCAUUGAGCACUGAAGACUACAGAAUUUCUCUCUUCUCGUCGUGCUCGGACCAGCUCGAUGUCAGAGCACACCCUCUUCUCUCCACGGUUCAUGUUCGUGUCGAGCGCAGUCAUGUUGAUUGCUUCCGGGAUCAUGCAAUUAUGUGCUACGUGGUCGUCAAUGCAGCUGGCUCGAGUAAGGUCAGACACGUCUCAUCUUGACGCGUCGGUGGAGGGUGGAGUACAGUUAUCCCCGUUACAGAAUGAAUACUGUAGGAGCACAUGAAUCCAUCGCUUCUGAUAUCUUG